GGUCACUAUGACAUAAGAGGUAAACAAUCUCGCUUAUGUUAUCGUGUUACAUACUAGACCACUGAAACAUACUCUAUACACAUGCACGCAGAUAUUUACAGGUCAGUUGUUAAGCUUCCCGCACUGUGGGCCUCACCAGUACUGUCGAUAUGGAGUAAUUAUAGCAAAAUGUUUCCGUGUACGUGGGCGAGUGAUCUGUCAGUGGAUAUAGAAUAAUAAAUACAUCACGGAGACGGUCAACUUCAAACUGAUUCACUGCAAGGCGAAGAUUGACGAUACAGUAUAGGAGGUAAGUCUUCAUUCACACAGAUAAUUCCUUCACUUCGCCUUCACGCGGCUGGACUGGUUGGCAGACCAUCGCAUCCAAGACGAGUAACCACUACGGUACAAGAUGUAGGUAUAUACUACGAUCACAGAUAAGGACUUCAGGAGCUACUGGUGAACUUCUGUGACUGGACAGACACCUAAAUCUGCAACAGCUCCGACUACGUCACUGACACAGACUAGCUUUUCGUCCUUACAGCGGAACCUUAUUGCAAUCUCUGUUAUCCCGCCAGAUGUCGCGCAUCAAGGUUCUAGAUGCUGGAGGUGAUGCGCUCCCAAUGUUUCAGUACCAGGGACAGAACUAUCCCAACUACGUCCAGACAGACUCCAUUGUCAACAUACACAAGAUCCCUAUCAGGGAGGACGAUAUCAUCAUCUGCGGGUUCCCCAAGUCAGGGACACACUGGGUAUGGGAGGCUUCGCGAAUGCUUCUGGCAGGUCAUCUGCUGAACGAUGCUGUGGAGAAGGGAGUGGGGAUGCUGGAGUAUGCACCACAUGAUGACAUCCAGGCAAUGUCUUCCCCACGACUACUUAACACUCACUUCAUGCUGAGUCGGCUUCCACCGGACAUCGUGACGAAGAGAUGCAAAAUAGUGUACCUGUUACGGAACCCUAAAGACGUCGCCGUCAGCUACUACAACUUCAUGCUCAAACUCCCCUACUACAACUACAAGGGGAAGUGGGAAAACUUCAUGAAAUACCAUGUGCUUGGAAAAUUUUCAUACGGAUCAUGGUUUGACUUCGUCUUUGACUGGGAAGAAGAAAAACGAAAGCAUCCGGAGUUACCUAUCCUGACUCUUCAUUACGAAGACAUGAAGGAGAACAAUUUACGUGAAUUAAGGAAACUCGACAAAUUCCUGGGCACAGAUCGGGGUGAAGACUUCCUGUGUGAGUUGUAUGAACACACAAGCUUCACUGGUAUGAACCACAGGAAAGCACAGAUAUCGUCUGAACAGGGGGGCGUUUGCUGGACUGUACCGGAAAGGUGUCGUUGGUGACUGGAAGAACUGGUUCACUCCGGAACAAAAUGAAUGGUUCGACAAAUAUUACGCAGAGAGAAUGAAAGAUUGUGACCUGAACAUAAGAUUUACGUUGCCCUGACGGACCUGUGAAACAGCACAUAUACGCCAGGAAUCGCUCAACAGAAAACAUAUAUAUCAUGUGGACUUGACAUGGGACGGGUGACAUGUCUAAACUGAUUUAUUUUGAACUCAUGACCCUGAGUCAAAUAGAAAUGUGUCGUCGG